UCACCUGAACUUGCACCUUGAGCUGUUACCUACUCUUCUUCCAUUCUCCACCGAGUGAAGCUGUAAUGUGGAAUAUUGAGCAAAACACUUUAACAGAUCUUGAGCUCGACGCCCACGACCCAUCAUUCAACGCGAUCUUGGAUGCAGACCAAAGUGUCGUAACAACUGUGGACAGUACUCAAUUUCCUACUCCAGAACGAACCGAAUCAACAAGUGUUGAGACCACUCAUGCAGUUGAACUCACUACGCCGGACGCACCAUUGUUCUCGUCCUCGGUUGGAGAUGCUUCUGCCUCUUCUACUGCUGCCGCUGAGGCCCAAACAGAAGAAGAGCCAACAGCAACAGCAGCAACAACGGAUUAUGUUGGCCGGAAGCGCGCUCGCCAGGCCGGAGUUCCGGGACAUACAGACGACUCUUAUGAGAAUGGCGCCAAUACGGGCCAGUCAGAAAACCAGAGCACAGCGUGUUUAUUGGAGGGAAAAAACCCAAAACGAAUGGAAACAGAAGAAUUAGCGACAUUUUAUUCAAAUCAGCAAGGGCAAAACCAACUAGCAGCUCAAGAGACAGCGGGUGCACCUGUGGUGAAAGAAGAACACACCGAGAAUGCUUGUGAACGCAAAUCUUUCGUCGAGUCACCACCAGCGUCACAAGAAACACACCCCACUGCAAUCGAUACCUCAGAAACUCAACCAAGUGCGCAACGGACACUAAACGAACAACCAUCAACAUCAGCAUCGCUGCCACUAGUCAGAAAGCGUGCUCGAGAGAAUGACAGUGGCGUAACUGAACAACCAAACACAGAGUUGCCACCGGAGCAGUCGUCGCCAAAGCGUACGAAAACAAAUGAAGUUGCAGCAUCAUCUUUGACGCACCAAGAACAACAGCAGCAGCAACAACAACAACAACAACCGCAAACAGCAGCGUCUUCCGCUUUAUCGUCAAGACACCAAGGAGGUCAGCAGCAACCAAUACCACAACAGCAAAGUCGAGCCUCUGUAGGACCUUCAUCACAACUUCAGGAGCAACAAAAUCAAACCUCUACAGGAUCAUCAAGACAUCAAGAACAACAGCAGCGGCAAGAGCUACAAGCGCAAGCGCCGGUCCGGGUUCCCGAAGGAGUAGAAGGUGACCUGCUUUGCCCCUACAGAGGCUGCAAUAGAAGCUAUAGCAAUGCUCAGGAAAGAAGAUUCUUCAGCCACCUCAAGAAAAGACAUGGUGCCGUUAUUCCGCGUAUUCACCACCGCAAUGAAGAACAAUUUGAGAAAAUUUACAAGAAUCGAUUCGGAACAGAGCUGAACUUCCAACGAUACGCAGGUGUACCAAGAACUUUAUUGGAUGAAGGAGACCCAAUCACAGUAGAAACAGUUCCCAUUCCCAGAGCACGUGCAGGUCGUCGCGCAGUACGAGGCGACAAUACUAUUAGUGUAACUUUUUCUUUUUAGUCCUCUGUAAAAAAAAUCCAUCUCAUCAUAAGCGAACCGACAACAGCUUCAAGUAGUUAACAUAGGCUUAAAAAGCAUCUGGUGAGUGUUUGAUAAUUACACAGGACUUAAAUGUAGCAGAUCUCUAAGAAUAGCUAUCAUAUAAACGAUGACUAUACUGU